GAUUUUGUGAUGAAGUGGUGGGCUGGCUUGGGUGUCGGCGUCGUGUGUGGCGCACAUGUCCUUCCGCUCCAGCGCUGGCGUUUCUUCAAUGUUGCCGACCCGAUGCUGUUGAACCACCCCCACGUGGACUUCAUGACUACGAUUCCAGGCACAGCGCAUACGCACCUGCGGGAUGCACGAGUAAUUCCGGAUCCGGUGGCGGGAUACAACGAGCGCCGGUUGCAGUGGGUGGCGAUGGCCACGUGGGUGUACGAGACGUCGUUCACGCUGACCUCGUCUCGCGCCGACGCGACACUAGCGCUGGACGAAGUGGACGGCGUGGCGUCCAUUCUGGUCAAUGACGUCGUUGUGGCGACAACCGCCAACUCGUUCGUGUCGUACUCGGUCAACGUGUCCUCCUUCGUGCGGCAGGGCAACAACACAGUGCAAGUUCGCUUUGAGCCUCUCUUGAACUACACCCGCGACCAGGCGGCACGGUACCCGUACAUUCUUCCAGCGACAAUCAACCCCAAUACAUGGGCCGAACCCACGCAGCGAGUGUUUUUGCGUAAGGCUGGGUCUGACUUUGGCUGGGACUGGGGACCUGCGUUCCUGACCUCUGGCUUACGUGGCAACGUGUCAGUUCACUGGACAGACGACCACACGACAGCCAUUGAUUGCCGCAUCCGGGACUACACUGUCGACCAGCACUUCCCCAACGCCACUGACUUUGCAGUUCAUGUGACAGUGUGUUUGCACUUGACUGGUUCAAACUGCCUCGGUGUCACAGCGGAGUUGUCCGUCGACCAACAUGUGGUCGCGACGUCGCCACUUCAUCGUCGCCACCAUGUAGUUUUGAGGCACACGCUGUUAGCUCCGACGCUAUGGUGGCCAAACGGCUAUGGCCAUCCGCAUCUGUACGCGAUCAACAUGUCCCUCAUUUCGACGGCACGGGGAAAAAUUCCACGCGUCGUGCACACUCGACUGGGCCGCGUGGGAAUUCGUCACGUCCAACUCCGGCAAGACGACUCGCUCCGUUCCCCUUCCAAUCGCGAUGCUGGCGCAUCGUUCUACUUUCAAAUCAACCGCCAACCCAUCGUGGCCCAAGGUGCCAACUACGUGCCUCUCGACGCAUUCUACCUCCCCCCUGUCACGGCCAUGGCGAAGCGGCGCCACCUUCUCGAGAGCGCGCGAUCCGCCCACAUGAACAUGAUCCGAGUAUGGGGCGGGGGGAGGUACGAAGAGGAUGAGUUUUACGAAAUGUGCGACGAAGUUGGGCUCAUGGUGUGGCAAGAGCUGAUGUUUGCCUGUGGUACGUACCCCCGAACUCGGUCGUUUUUGGAGUCGGUGGCAUCGGAGGUCCAAGGCCAGCUCGGGCGAUUGCAGAAGUUCACGAGCAUCGUCGUGUGGGGCGGCAACAACGAGAACGAAGCCAUGUUUGACCAGUUUGCAUCGGGGGCGUUCAUGCCCCCACGUGUUGCAUUCAAUCGAGACGUGGCGGUGGUGGACUACACAAAGUUGUUCGUCGACGUGGUGCAGCCGGUGGUGGCGUCGCUCGAUCCCAGCCGUCCAUUUGUCGACACGUCGCCGUCCAAUGGCGUCUACGGCAGCACCCCCAUCUACACCAAGCGAUGGGGCAACACGUCCGACGUCGCGUACGGGGACGUGCAUUACUACAACGUCGUGGACGAUUGCAUGGCGUGGCAACACCUACCCCGAGCCAACUUUGUGUCGGAGUUUGGGUUUCAGAGCUUUCCGUCGCAUGCGUCGCUUGUCCAAGUGACCGACGCCACCGAGGAUUGGGCGUCGGUGGCGGCUAUGGAGAAGUUUCUGGCCUUCCGCCAGCGGUCGCCCAACGGCACGGAGCGCAUGGUGCAUCAAGUGCGUAUGCAUUUCCCAGUGCUGUUGCCGACGACGACGGGGAAAAAUCCCAAGACUGAUGUCCAUCGGUACAUUGCCCAAUGGGUCCACAUCACCCAGCUGCAGCAAGCAACGUGCUACGACAUGGCCAUCUCGACGUGGAGACGGUGGGGUGUCAUGGGCAUGCUCUACUGGCAGCUCAACGAUGUAUGGGUUGGCCCCAGUUGGUCGAGUAUCGAAGUCGACGGCCGAUGGAAACCGCUGCAUGCGAUCGCCAAGCGCGCGUUUGAACCGGUGCGCUCUGUCACAUAUGUCAAUGGCUCGAUGGUGCACGUCACCCUUGUGGACGACCGACGCCAGCGCACGACGUUGUCGCAUGUUGCUGUCACGGCCGUCUUGCGCGCCUUGCCGCACGGACAGGUGGUCAAGGCCGUGGGAACGUGGCACGCGACCAAGUCGCGGGAAGACGUCUGGCAUCAAGAGCUCAUCGAUUUGUUUUCAUCUUCGACUUGCCUACCCACGACGUGUAUGCUGGACGUGACGCUGGACGUCCGUGGCGCCAACCGAGACCUGACCUUCUUCGCUCCAUUCAAAGAUCUGCUCGUUUCACCGGGGGCAUGCCCAGUCCAUGCAAGGAUUGCAUCGGAAAACGCGACUGCAAUUGAGAUCGUCGUGGAGACGUCGAUAGCAGCUGCCGCACUCUUUGUGACCGUCGCUGUGAUGCGCGGGUCGCGGGAGGUCGUGGGGCAGUGGAGUGAUAAUGCGUUCCACCUCGUGCCUGACGACGGCAGCCGGCGCGUGUGGCUGCGUCACAUACGUCCUCAUGCCGAGGUUGCGCCCGAGGAAGCCCUUCGUGUGACCGCAACAUGCUUGCAGGACAUGAUGCCAGCCACCAACAAAGUGUGGCAAAAUACGGAACCGACGAGUAAAUUGAGUUAAACCUAUUUUUUGCCCUUUU